GCGCAAAGAGCCAGGAAACAAUACCAGUUCAAGCAUGCUCAGGUUAGCUAGAGACUAAAAAAAGGCUGUUCUCAGUUUGUGCUCUGGGGUUGCAAAGCAGUGUAAUGUGACAGAGGAGAGAGAGAGAGAGAGAGAGAGAGAGCUGGGGAAAGCUUGAGGUGAAUCCUGGUAGGGCUGGGAAGAGAGGGGCUCACGGAGCCAAGCAGACAAAAGGGGACUCUUUUCCGAUGGUACUAAUGCCUGAUCUACAGCAUGAUGGAGAAGAACUGAAGCCUGUCAGAGAGGCCAGUAGAAAAGAAAAAGCUGCCUUAAUCCAUUCAGAGGCUGAAAAUGGAGGAGAAGAAAAGAGGAAAAGUGGAAAGCCAUCCCCUGGGGUGUCCCGACGACCACCUAGUGAUGCUGAAUGUUAUGAAGACCAGAAGAAAGCUUUAACUUCACGGUCAAAGGCAAUUGUGAACAACACCUUCUUGGUAGCAGAUAGCAAACCUGAAAGGAAGAAGCAUGGCUCAAGUAAGCUUAAGUCAAAUGCUCAGUUUCACAAGCUUUUUCUGGAUGUCCCAGCUGAUGAACCUUUGAGACAAAAUUUUACCUGUGCCUUACAAAAAGAAAUCUUGUACCAAGGGAAACUAUUCAUAUCAGAAAACUGGAUUUGCUUCCAUUCUAAGGUCUUUGGCAAAGAUACUAAGAUUAUCAUACCUGUACUCUCUGUGACACAACUAAAGAAAAGUAAAACUGCUCUUCUAGUGCCAAAUGCUCUGGUUAUAACAACAACCUCUGAUAGGUAUAUAUUUGGCUCCUUUCUGUCAAGGGACACAGCUUACAAACUGUUAAAAGCUGUGUGUCAGCAUGUGGAGGAUGUGAGUGUUGGCAACAGUCCCAAUCCUCCUUCUCCGGAAAAUAGUUUCAGGAACGACCGCCCUUCAACCUUACCUCUGGAUUUCACUGAAGAUUUUUCUGAACUGGAUGGCAUCAUCCACCAGCGGAGGAGAGAGAUGGAAGAAUCCAGCAGCACUGGCUCUCAGACCCCAGAAUUUGAACACUACAAAGAUUUCCGUGUUGUUGAGACCCAAACACAUCUGAAAACCUCCAAGACUGAGACAAAGUCUGUCCAUUCGGAUGCGCAGUCUAAAUGCUUGUGUGAUGAUAAAGUCAGGAAUGUUUCAAGAAAUGUUCUUCCUGGAGCCCUUGGUUUCUUCUGCCGAGUGAAUUACCACAGGUCUUUGUCUGUGAAUCACAUACUUAUUCUCUAUGCAAUUAUGGUUUGUGUACUUGUUUUCUCUACAUUCUACAUGAGAUACAGAAUACACGGUCUGGAAGAGCAACUUGGGUCCAUGGCUUCAUUUGUGGAUUCACAUACUCAUGAAUACAAAGUGAUUUACAAAGGCUACUUGAUGACGGCGAAUGAAUUCCCGGUUCCAUUUGAACUGCUUUGUCCGUACCUCAUUUUCCUCCUGAUAAACAGCUCUAAAGGUGACAUCAGGCUCUGCAGGCCAGACAAGGUGUCCUUCAACUCAGCCCAAAGCUGCACGGUUUUGCAGCAAUGAGGGUUUGCGUCAGUGCAAUAAAGUGUGUCUAUUCAAAGGAUGAUGCCUUUCUAUUAUCUAUAAUGGUGUGUGAAUAGCAGAGAAGAUGGAUCAUGACACGUUGUUAUAUUGCUUAUAUCUAGUAUCUACAGUAAUGCCAUUUUCUUUGACCGUUUGACUUUUAGACUUAAACUGGUAUGACUAAGUGCAGUGCUUGGCCUUGAAUGUACAAUGCACUGUGCAGCUAUCUCUGGAAAGCGUUGUGCCUUUCGUACGCUUUCAAUGCAUACUGCGGUUUGUUUUAAUCUCCUUCCUAUCUGGAUAUGGGGUGUUGCUGAUGUGUAGUCUGCUGGACCCUCUAGGCAAGGUACUCAGUGAAAGAUGCCAUUUGAUUGCACUCUGGCUUGGUAGGAGUUGGCAUAUCCCGAACGAGUUGCCAAAUAAGUGUGUUCUGCCUGGCAGGCUGCAGUUAACAAAAAUUAGCAACAGAAACUUUUCUUGGUAUGGAGAUUUCGUUUUGAGGAGAAAAUCUUCAAUUGCUAAUGAGUUUUUUUCAUGCUCAGCUGUUGUUAAGGGCACAUCAGAAUAGCUAAUUAAAAAUUGACUACCCUAAUUACUCACAGUUGGUUCCAAAGCAACUGUACACUUGGGGACACUCUGGGUAGCGCAUGGGUCACUUUGAAAUCAGGGGGGUUUAAAUUAGUCAUGACUAACUGCUUUUACUGAUAGCAGUGAGAGCAGGUGUAAUUCACUUGGUCAGACUCGAACUCAUAAAUGUUACUGAUGGGGAAAUAUUCCAUCAGGAUGCAACCCAUUAAUAAUGUAAUCGUACGCAUGCUUAGAGGGGAAAGAGUUCCUGCAAUGACAAGCAUUUCCCAAGCAGCCACGUGGUCCUGAGGAUGUCCCAAAUGGCCUUGGGGUGCUUGUUGUGCUUUGUGCAGGGCCUGCAACCUGCCAUAUUCUCACCUUUAGGCUUUGAAUUCUGCUGCUUCCAUUUAGUCUGACUACUCAGUUAGGGUGACUUCUCAGAAGUGAUGAUGUGCUACACUCAAGUUGCUCAGUAACAUUUUAAUGGUUAAAAAAAGCAUUAUCUGUGUCUAGAAUAUCCAUAUACCUGCAAUAUACUGAUAUCUUCAUAGUGCCUUACCAAUGACAGACCUGUUGAUUAAAUUAUUUUUAUUUACAAGAUGUUGAUGUUAUUUAAAAUAUCUUACAUCUAUAAAACACAGUGUUCUGUUUACAUACUAGAGAUAUAUCAUUUCUGUGAAAUGUAAUUUAUUUGUUUUUAAAAUAAACUGUUCCUAAAAUUGUA